AUGUAACACAUAGAUAACAUUAUCUUUCUUGUUUCGUCUAUCAAACGAGUGGAAUGCAUGCACAAAAGUAGUAUACUUUCAUGAUUUCUAAACUUCGCAUACUACUUGGUGGAAACUCUUAAAUCCAUUGCAGUUAAAGCAAGAAGAAUUCACACAUCACGAUGGUUGCUUCAGGUGUUUUGACACAAGAAAUUCUAGAUGAAUUACGUGCAAAGUUUUAUGAAGAUAAACGCAAUGUUUUGGCACAAAAUGUAUGCACAAGGGCUAAUCCCUUAGAUGCAUGUGUCUCACGAAAAGUUUUGCAAGAAACACAACAUGUAUUCACUCACAAGAUUGUAACAGAAGGAAAACCUAUUACAAAUCAAAAGAGUUCUGGUCGGUGUUGGAUAUUUUCCACUUUAAACAUUAUAAGAUGUGCUUUUAUGAAGCAAUACAAUUUGGAUGAAUUUGAAUUUAGUCAAGCGUAUUUAUUUUUUUGGGAUAAGGUUGAACGAUGUAAUUAUUUUUUGCACAAUAUUGUAAAAACUGCUAAACGAAAUGAAACUGUAGAAGGUCGGUUAGUAUCAUUUUUACUACAUGAUCCUACUUGUGAUGGAGGACAAUGGGAUAUGUUUGUUAAUCUUGUAAAUAGACAUGGUCUUAUUCCUAAAGUCUGUUUCCCAGAGUCAUAUAAUUGCGAAUCUAGUUCACGCAUGAAUACUAUUUUGAAAAGUAAAUUAAGAGAGUAUUCGAAAGUUCUAAGAGGCUUAGUAUCUCGUGAUGCAACAGAUGAAGAAUUGGAAGCUCAAAUUCUGGAACAAAUGGUUGUAAUCUAUCGAAUAAUUGGUAUUUGUUUAGGCAUACCUUCAAAAACAAUUACUUGGGAAUAUUAUGACAAGUCAAAGAAUUAUAAUUGUAUUGGACCUGUUACACCACUAGAAUUUUAUGAAAAACACGUGAAACCUUAUUAUAAUGUAAAUGACAAAGUAUGCUUAGUGACAGAUCCAAGACCAUCUAAUCCAUAUGGGAAACUAUAUACCAUAGAUUGUCUAGGAAACGUUUUGGGUGGGAGACCUACACUAUAUAAUAAUCAACCAGUUGAAGUGUUAAUGAAAUUAUGUGCAGAAAGUAUAAAACAAAGUGAGCCUGUUUGGUUUGGAUGUGAUGUAAACAAACGAUUAGUAGCUAAACAAGGCAUACAAGAUUUGAAAGCAUAUGACUUUGAAUUAAUGUUUGGAACUGAUAUUCAAGUUAAUCUUACAAAAGCAGAUAGAUUACUUUAUGGAGAUUCUAUGAUGGUUCAUGCAAUGGCACUUACAGCUGUUUCAAUUGAUAAUCAAGGUAAAAUUAAACAAUUUCGAGUAGAGAAUUCUUGGGGAGAUGAUCAAGGAUUAAAAGGAUAUCUGUUAUUAACAGCCGAUUGGUUUUCUGAAUUUGUUUUUGAAGCAGUAAUUGAUAAAAAGUUAGUACCAGCUGACAUUUUGGAUGUAUUUAAACAAGAACCUAUUACUUUACCUGCAUGGGAUCCUAUGGGUACACUUGCUCUCUGAUAGUAAUGUAAGCUUAAAAUACUUCAAGAUGAAAUAUUUUAGUUAACAAAAGUGUGUAUAUAACAUUAAAAAUUGAACAUCAAAUAAAGUUUUAAACACAUUGGUACAACAAA